AUACUAGUUGGGCUUGUUUGGGUGGGUGUUGUUAAUUUUAAACGAUAACAAACGUAAGUAAAAAAUCUCUGGAUUUUAACCAUGUCGGCGGUCGUUACUCAGCCACAGGCCGGGGAGAAGGGUCAGGAAUUCGCUAUGAUGACCGCACCACCCCCAACAGUCGUCGUUCCAGCCGGUUUCCCUCCGGGUUUGGCGUAUCUUGGGGCUAUUGAAGAAGUACGGGUACAUCAACAAAUGGAACUGCUUGAAGUGUUGGUUGGCUGGGAGAAAAACAACCGAUACAGAAUCUGUAACACCUCGGACCAGCAGUUCAUGUUUGCAAAAGAAGACACGGACUGCUGCACUCGGCAGGUUUGCGGGACGGCGAGACCGUUUGUGAUGAACAUCACGGAUAACGACGGUCAGAACCUGAUACAGCUUCACCGGCCGUUCCGUUGUCAAGGCAGCAUGUUUUGGUGCUGCUGUCUACAGGAGAUGGAGAUCCAUUCGCCGGCUGGGGUUCCCAUAGCAACCAUCAAGCAAAUUUGGACGUGUUGGACACCACGCUACAAAGUGUUUGACAUGAACGGAACUCCGCUGUUCACCAUCCUCGGUGAAUGCUGCUACUGCAAAUGCUGUACUGACGUUAUUUUCCAGGUUUUCCGUGGCGAAGAUGAGUCGGUGGAGACUGGACAGAUCAUCAAACACUGGGGCGGCUGCAGGGAAGUGUUCGGAGCAGCUAACGACUUUACUCUGCGUUUCCCAUCUGGCAUGGAUGUUUUGACGAAGGCAAUUCUUCUUGGAGCAACAUUUCUCAUCGACUUCAACUACUUUGAGUACAGCAGGAAUUGAGUAAUGUUAAUCUGCAGUGUUGAAACAAUAUUCUAUAAAACAUACCGGUACCACUUCCACUUGAACAAAGCCAACUUUGAAAAGACAUAACCAACCCAUUGUCACGAAAAUUUUGUUUAACACCGAUAAUGGUUACAUACUAUUGAUGUGUGUAAACUGAAUUACGUCAAGAUUUGUCAAAAACAUUAUUUCAGCUGAUCCAACAACUUAAGCGUAUUUGUUUUUUUGGUUGGUUAUUUUUAUUUUGCUUUGGGUUUUUUUUGUGGGGUUAUGCUUUGUUUUGGUUGGGUUUUUGUAUGAUUUAAAAAAAAAAUAUAUAUAUAUUUUUUUUAUUGACCUCACUAAAGUUCUAUGUUGCUAAUAUGUUAUGAUUUAUAGUACAUAUAUACAUUUAAAUUAACUGUUCACAAUAGUAAUGUUUAUGGUGCUCGGCUGGAAUCUGAACUGGAUAUAAACAAUGAUUUAUUGACAAAGUGACCUUGAGAUAAAUGCUGAUGUGAUAGCAAGAUUGAUUUUAAACGUUAUGCAGUAUGUUGGUUGUUGUUUGUUGUUGUUUUGUGUUUGUUUGUUUUGUGUUUUGUUUGUUUGUUUGUUUGGGUGGUUUUUUCCACGUAUGGCAAAUACAAUGUGGUUAUAUACCCUACCCUGUACAGUGUGGGUUUUUAGUCUGUGUGGGUUUUUUUCCACAUAUGGCAAACAAGAUCUGAUUGUAUGUAUACCCUGUACAGUGGGUUUUUUUCCACAUAUGGCAAACAAGAUCUGAUUGUAUGUAUACCCUGUACAGUGUGUUUUUUCUGCAGUGCUGAGCGUAAUAUUGUAAAUUCAUUCUUAUGAAAGAAUAUGGAAUAGAAUUCCUACAUUACAUUCAACUCAACCUGUAGACCAAAAAUACCACUAGUAUAACUGUUUGGAACCGAUGCCUGAUAUUACUACUGUCUUAGUGAAAAAUCUUGCAACAACAACUAGAGAAAAUCAUUAUAAAAUCUUAAAAUUUAUCUUCUAUUACGGUAAUGUCUUUUUGUUUUAGUGGGUUACUUAACAUUAUUCAAGUUCGUAGAAGUUCAUAUAAUUUUAACAGUGUAUAGCAUGUUUCACAUGACACAUCAAACAGUGACAGCCAAUCAUCAGGACUAAUAUCAGAUGUCGGUCCCAAACGGUGACAGCCAAUCAUCAGGACUAAUAUCAGAUGUCGGUCCCAAACGGUGACAGCCAGUCAUCAGGACUAAUAUCAGAUGUCGGUCCCAGACGGUGACAGCCAGUCAUCAGGACUAAUAUCAGAUGUCGGUCCCAGACGGUGACAGCCAGUCAUCAGGACUAAUAUCAUAUAUCGGUCCCAAACGGUGACAGCCAAUAAUCACGACUAAUAUUAGAUGUCGGUCCCAAACGGUAACAGCCAAUCAUCAGGACUAAUAUCAUAUAUCGGUCCCAAACGGUGACAGCCAAUAAUCACGACUAAUAUCAGAUGUCGGUCCCAAACGGUGACAGCCAAUCAUCACGACUAAUAUCAGAUGUCGGUCCCAAACGGUGACAGCCAAUCAUCACGACUAAUAUCAGAUGUCGGUCCCAAACGGUGACAGCCAAUCAUCAGGACUAAUAUCAGAUGUCGGUCCCAAACGGUAACAGCCAAUCAUCAGGACUAAUAUCAUAUAUCGGUCCCAAACGGUGACAGCCAAUAAUCACGACUAAUAUCAGAUGUCGGUCCCAAACGGUGACAGCCAAUCAUCACGACUAAUAUCAGAUGUCGGUCCCAAACGGUAACAGCCAAUCAUCACGACUAAUAUCAGAUGUCGGUCCCAAACGGUGACAGCCAAUCAUCAGGACUAAUAUCAGAUGUCGGUCCCAAACGGUGACAGCCAAUCAUCACGACUAAUAUCAGAUGUCGGUCCCAAACGGUGACAGCCAAUAAUCACUACUAAUAUCAGAUGUCGGUCCCAAACGGUGACAGCCAAUCAUCAGGACUAAUAUCAGAUGUCGGUCCCAAACAGUGACAGCCAAUAAUCACGACUAAUAUCAGAUGUCGGUCCCAAACGGUGACAGCCAAUCAUCAGGACUAAUAUCAGAUGUCGGUCCCAGAUGGUGACAGCCAAUCAAUUCAGGGCUAAUAUCAGUUAUCGGUCUCAAACAGUGACAGCCAAUCAUCAGGACUAAUAUCAGAUGUCGGUCCCAAAUGGUGACAGCCAAUCAGUUUAGGGCUAGCUCUGGCACUCGCCAAAUUCGCCAGUUGUGAAUUUCAAGAUCAGUUGGCAAAUUUUAUUUUAAUUUGGCGGAAUAAUUUUAUGAUAUUUUGUUUAAAAAUAAGUGUGUUUCUGCAAUUGUUUAGGUCUAGUAGAUAAUUUGGUGAAACUUUCUGUUUAUCCAGAGCUAGCCACAAAUCAUUAAUAUGUAGCCAUUAAGAAAGUCUGUCCACUUUAUAUAUUUUAUUUAUAGAGUUCCGUACACUGUACAGUAUGUAGAAACCAUUGCAGUAAUAAGCCUUUGCUCAACUUUUCCCCAUAAUCCAUUAUGGGUUUUGCGAUCGACUAUCAUUUAACACAAGGCAAACGGAUCCAUUUUUACAAAUAUUAAUCAUCCAUAUAUCUUAACAUUUUAAUUUUAUUUUUUGGGGUGCCUUAAAUGUUUUUCAAUAUUUUAUUUUUUACAAUAUCUCUGUAUAUAGCUUGGAGCUUAUUUUUAACAUUACAUCUCAUUGUAUAAUGUAUCAGCAUUUGUGUUUUAUUGUUAUAGUUUACAUUUUUUAAUAUUUCAUAUACACAUAUACUAGUAUUAAAAUAAAUGUAAUUAGCAAAUCCAAGGUAAAGGCAAACAGGGGUGACAUUGCUUAGGCUGUGGUGCUGACGCAAAUGGAGUGAGAGAGGUGGGUAGGAAUUUUGCAUAUGAUGCGUAUUGUCACAUUCAUUUUAACUUACUUUCCUGCUUAUAUCCAAUUACGGUUCAAGCACAUUGUCCUGGGCACACACACAUCAGCUAUCUGGGCUGUCUGUCCAGGAGGGUGUAGAGCGUGUAGUGGCCUUGCACCUACCCACUGAGCCCUUAAGAAUUCGCUCUAGGUUGGAGCCAGUACUGGGCUGCGAACCCUGUACCUACCAGCCUGUAGUCUGAUGGUUUAACCACUGCACCACUGAGACCGGAGUAUUGUCACAGCAGAGGAUAAUGCCUAUAUGAACAAAAAAUGAUUAAGAUUUCAUCUUUCUAUUAAAUGAAGUUAUUAAAGUAACAGCGAUAUAAUUAUUAUAUUGUCAUUUGUGAUGUUAUGUCACAUUGACAUAAAGUGGCGCAAUAUUGAUGUAUGACAUAAGUUAGUUAUUUAAAGUUUUAAAAGUAAAACUUUUCAAGUGUUCAGACUCUCCACCUCAAGGCACUGGAAACCUGGACACUGAAGCCCAAAAACCUGGAGAUUUCAGUAAAAACAUGGAGAUUGACCUAUUCAUACAUAAUCAAGUGCUAAGCAAAAUAAAGUGGUCGUUCUUUGUGUACAAAGCAAUAUUUGACAGGUGACAUCAGGGAAUUUUGACUUCUACGUCACAUGUGCAAACUCUCAACUUGAAUGCGAGAGACAGGUAGCGAUAACCUUAUUUGGCAUUGAUCUUCUAAAUAUGGAUUGUUGUGUCCUGUCCUCUCACUUUGUUUGUUAUUUCUGGCCGGAUUGGCUGAGAACUCGACUGAGCAAGAACAGAAAUUGUUUUUAACUACAAUGGAUUUUUAUCGCAAGAGAAAAACCGUGAGAUUUUCGAAAAAACCCGUGAGAUUUUCGUGGCUUACCAUGAGAUUUUCGUGGCUUACCAUGAGAUUUUCGCGGCUUACCAUGAGAUUUUGCAGAAAACCGUGAGACUUGAGAGGUCUGAGUGUUGGUCAAGUAUUUACAAACAAAAGAGUACUUACAAUUUUCUGGAUUGUGACAGUGUUACGUCGCAAGGAUUGCGACCCCUAAUUUUUUCUAGGGGGAGGGAAAGUGGGUGUCAGGACCCGUGAGUCUCUCCUUGGAUCCAUGCCUACAGUUAACCUAUAAAACUUGUUAUUUGUAUUUUACUUUUUGAAAUGAUACAUUUUUUAAACAGUAUACAUGUAUAUAACUUCAUAAUUUAACAUGGACUACAUAUUAUAUUUUAUAAUUUACUAGUAAUAAAUGUGGUGUUGUGAA